GUGCCAGCUGCAACUUCUGCUAUUAUCACCAACGAUGGGAUUGGAAUUAAUCCUUCACAGUCAGCUGGAAACAUUUUCCUGAAACACGGAAGUGAGCUACGAUUGAUUCCUCGAGAUCGAUUGAGCCCGUCACAAAAGCAGUUCAUCAUAAAGAGUGUCAAUGUCUCGACUUUUGUAUUCCAAUGGGGAUUCGUUCCCUUCGUCGUGUACCUCGGUUUCAGAAAAGGUCCUGAACCCCUGCCGAAUGGACAGAUCGUGCCUUUCACGCUCUUCAGCCUGCUAUGGGGCUAA